AUGCCAUUGAGAUUCAACUUCAGAUUGUGGUCAAGGUUCUACCGCCGCCAAGAAAGUAGAAGCGUGGACAAUGAGACUACGGAUGCUCAGGAAGCCGAAGUUACCAAUGAUGAAUUGGUGCAAGAUGUUCAGGAAGAAACCGAAGUUUAUUUAAGAACCCAGCGACAAUUAGCGUUCCAAAGAGAGUUUGUUCGAACUUUCAGGACCCAUGCCUCAAGGGGGUAUGAGCAAAAUGAUGAUGGAGAUUCCUUUGACACUUCAACAUCCGAAGAACAAGAAGAACCCCCUGAUGCUUCAGACACCACCGAUAAUUAUACGGUACUAUCAUACAGAGCCAGGAUAAGGGCGGCGCUACAACGUAGUUUUGCCACAUUACUCUCGCAUUUCAUUGAUGGUUUGGCAUUGGUAAUUGUUCUGGUGUUUUUCCUACGGAUAUUCAAGAACUUGAUCAAUUUGGUGACAUUUUCUAACGAUUACGUUGCCGAUGUGUUCAAUUACAUGGAAACCCCUACGGAAAUAUUGCUCUAUAAUGACAUUGAUAUUCUAGAGUAUUCCAAGUUGGAUAUUCAUGGGAAACUAAUCAAACCAGUCGUUAGCGCCGUUAAAAAUUCCCCGAUAUCGACAAUCAUCAACAAAACGCCAACUACCACUGGCAUGGUGUCCCAUAUUCUUGCCACCUCCACUACCACUGCAUCAUCCUCAACAAGGGCGGCAUCCCAUCCUCAUGAAAUGAACACCAUAUCUAUUAUCAAGGAGUUCAAUGGACAUGAGUACGUGAUUUUGAAUAAUUUGCUACUCAAGUUCUCCAACUCGAUCCUCUCCAACUUCCCGAUUUUUUUCAGGUACCCCCAGAUAUUAAAAGUCGUGACCAUCUUGCUCUAUGGGUUAUAUUGCGUUUCGGUCUCAGAAUAUUUGAUCGUUAGUUUCUUGUUCUUUAUCAUUUGUUUAGUUCUAUUGUCAACCAGAAAAUGGUACGAAAUUAACAAAUUCUUUUUAAAGAUUUUGGAAGAAAGUAAUGGGGUUUUCUAA